UUUUCAAUGUUAUUAUUUUAUGAUUUUUGUGGGGUUUGUCCAGCUUACUGACUCAUUUGCGGGAAGUUUAAUGAACGUUUGAUGUUUAUAAUCAGUGUUUAAAAUCAAAACAAUAAAUAAAAUUUUAUGUAAAUUCGAAAAAAUAAACUAGUGCAAUUAUACAUAUCAGGACAGCAAAAGUUGAUUGUUGAGUUUUAAAACUCUUGGUUUAUUUGAUAGAAUAAACUGUGAUAAGUGAAUAGUUUUUAAGAAAUUGUCGCGAUAUGGCUAAUAAAGACGAUUAUUUGACAUUUUACCGGGAGUUCUUCGAAAACUUUGCUCAAACUGUUAACCCCAAUGACCAGUUACCUGUUAAGUUGGCUAGUUAUAAGUUGGUCAAUAUAGAGGUUGUCGGAGGAAUAAUCGACUGGACCACUCAGUAUCUGACGCAAAAAAAAUGCCCAUCAAAUUUAGUUGCACCUCUUAUCAAAACAGUAAUAGAAGAAAUAAGAAAGGCCUGCAAGAAGCAACCGGUGAAUUGCGGCUUCAACAUCACAGAUAACGCUUAUGAACCACUGAAGCUGAUGCAAACGGUUAUGGCAAAGACGAACGAAGUAUGCCUGAGAUAUUUGGAUAACAGCAUGUUAUGUUCUCUGCCGUCACCAGGAACCCCUUUUUGCAUAACCAGUGCGAGUGCUAUCAAGAAUUCUAGAAAGAGAAUGGAAGAUCGCCAUGUAGUCAUACACGACCUGAACACCAUGUUCAAUAUUCAGGAAGCGAGUCCGUCCAGUUAUUAUGCAGUAUUUGAUGGUCAUGCAGGACAUGAUGCUGCAACCUACAGUGCAGCCCAUUUGCAUCAGUAUCUUGCCGAAAGCAAAUACUUCAUCACUAAUCCGGAACAAGCCUUGCUAGAUGCCUUUUGUAAAACUGACGCUUUAUUUCUAGACAAAUGUAAAGUUGAGAAUUUGAGCAGUGGUACCACUGCCGUUGUUGCAUUAUUGCGUCCUAAAGAAAAAACCUUGUAUGUAGCGUGGGCUGGAGAUUCCCAGGCUAUGCUAGUGAAACAAGAGAGGGUAUUUCAAGUGGUCAAUCCUCAUAAGCCAUGCAGACAGGAUGAAAAAGAAAGAAUUGAAAAGGAAGGAGGCUGUGUUAUAUUAUGGGGCACAUGGCGAGUGAACGGACAGUUGGCUGUGUCCAGAGCAAUAGGUAUAUAUUAUUUGAUAAUCUGAAUGAAAACUCCUUACUGUUUUUUUGGUAACC